AUGGGGAGGCCACCGUGCUGCGACAACGGCGUCGGCGUCAAGAAAGGGCCAUGGACGCCGGAGGAGGACAUCGUCCUCGUCUCCUACAUCCAGCAGCAUGGCCCCGGGAACUGGCGGUCCGUUCCAGAGAACACAGAGUUGAUGAGGUGCAGCAAGAGCUGUAGGCUUCGGUGGACUAACUACCUCAGGCCUGGGAUCAAGCGUGGGAACUUCACUCCUCAUGAGGAAGGGAUCAUCAUCCACCUCCAGGCGUUGCUUGGCAACAAGUGGGCAGCCAUAGCCUCCUACCUCCCUCAAAGAACCGACAACGACAUCAAGAACUACUGGAACACACACCUCAAGAAGAAGGUGAAGAGGCUGCAACAACCGGCAGCAGCCGACUCCUUCCAAACCACUGCCUCCUCCAAUGCAGUCACCUGCAGCCUAAACUACUACAGCCCUAGCAGCAGCAGCAGCCACCACAGCCUUCAAGGAAUGCAGCAGCCCAUGAACAGCUACCCCAACACCGCCUGCAGCGGCGGCGCACCAAGCAACAAUGAGACUACUACCACCGCCGGCGUCUCCAACCUCUUCCAGACAUGGAUGAUGAGACCGUCACCAGCAGCAGCAGCGGCAGCAGCUAUCUGCAAGGUCGCCAUGCAAGACUUCCAGGAAGAGCAAGACGCUGCAGCAGCAGCCUCCAUCGUUUGCCAGGAACAGAUGGUGAUGACCGGCGGCGGUGAUGUUAACAACAAGUCGUCGGCGUUGGAGAUGGUGGUGGCGCCGGUGAUGGGAGCGGCGAGCACCGCUACCUUCUCGCUGCUCGAGGACUGGCGGCUCGAUGACAUGCCCGGGCAGGCCAUGGAUGGGUUCUUGGGGAUCUCUGCCGGUUGCUGUGCAGAUCCCAUCAUGUUCUAG